GCUGCGCGACGCGCGGGAGCCGGGCGGGCAGCCAUGGCGCGGCGCGCGCGGAGGUAGCCCGGCGGGACGCGGGGAGCGCGGGGGCCGCCAUGGCCCGGCGGCGGCGGCGCGCCUGCAUCGCGCUAUUCUUGGUGCUGCUCUUCGCCUUCGGCACCCUCAUGGGCCUCCGCACGCUCAAGGCUCCGGACGGACUCCCGGCGCUGGGCCCGGGCCUGGAGCUGGCGCCCUUUGAGCGACACCCGGAGGGGGCCCCCGCGCCGGCCGCCCGGGCCCCGGCCGCCCCUGCCGCGCCGCCGCCGCCGCCACCCCGCACCGCGGGCCCAGGCAGCUCCCCAGGGCCGGCCCCAGCGGAGGCCGAACCCGCCCCGGGGCACAGUCUGCGCGUCUACUCGGACCUGCACGCCUUCUACUACUCGUGGUACGGGAGUCCCGGGCGCGAAGGCCACUACAUUCACUGGGACCACGUCAUGGUGCCGCACUGGGACCCCAAGAUCUCGGCCAGCUACCCCCGCGGCCGCCACAGCCCUCCUGAUGACUUGGGCUCCAGCUUCUACCCGGAACUGGGGCCCUACAGCUCCCGGGACCCCGACGUGCUACGGGAGCACAUGACCCAGCUGAAGGAAGCCGCCAUCGGCGUCCUUGUCCUGUCCUGGUACCCACCUGGCAUGGCUGAUGAUAACGGGGAACCUUCAGAUGACCUGGUGCCUGCCAUUCUGGACACCGCCCAUCAGUACAACAUCCAGGUGGCCUUCCACAUCCAACCCUACAAGGGCCGAGAUGACAUCACUCUGCAUGACAACAUCAAGUACAUUAUUGACACGUAUGGCUCCCAUGGUGCAUUUUACCGCUACAAGAACAGCAUGGGUAAGAGCCUCCCGCUCUUUUAUAUCUACGACUCCUACCUGACGUCCCCUGAGGCCUGGGCCCACCUCCUGACACCACACGGGCCCCACUCAAUCCGCAACAGCCCCUACGAUGGGGUCUUCAUAGCACUGCUGGUGGAGGAGGGCCACACCCAUGACAUCCUGGCUGCUGGAUUUGACGGCAUGUACACCUACUUCGCCUCCAACGGUUUCUCCUUCGGCUCCUCCCAUCAGAACUGGAAAGCUGUGAAGAACUUUUGCGAUGCCAACAACCUCAUGUUCAUUCCCAGCGUGGGGCCUGGCUACAUUGACACCAGCAUCAGGCCUUGGAACAACCACAAUACGCGGAACAGGGUCAAUGGCAAGUACUACGAGACGGCCCUGCAGGCAGCCCUGACUGUGAGGCCUGAGAUUGUCUCUAUUACCUCUUUCAAUGAGUGGCACGAGGGCACCCAGAUUGAGAAGGCCAUUCCCAAGAAGACGCCGACUCGGCUGUAUUUGGACUACUUGCCUCAUCAGCCCAGCCUGUACCUGGAGCUGACGCGCCGCUGGGCGGAGCACUUCAUCAAAGAAAAGGAGCAGUGGCUGAUGUGAGGUGCCUCGAAGCCAGGGCGGGAGGUGCUGAAUCCCAGCCUCUCUGGAAGAUGGCACCACAUGGGGCUUGGCUGAGGUUAUAGGCACUUGCUCCCAAGUCAGUAGCUAGGUGCUUCUAGGCCCGUCAAGUCAGGGCCCAUGGGGAACAGAGCUAGUUCCUCAGGCAGGUGGGUGUCCUGCAGGGACGGGAAAACUAGGGGGGUGUUCCAGAGUGGGAACCCCAGGGGCUGGCAGGGGACUGCACUUAGCCCCAGGCAGCACCACGUCUCAGUCAGAACACUUGAAACAAUUCCUUCUAGCUUGGAACUCAGCUGGUUGGUGCUGUGGAGUCACCAAGUCACUGCUCGCAGAAGGGUGUCAGGGCUCUGGGCCAGCAUGCACCUGCUCUUCUGCCAGCCUGUGUCCUCCCCAGGCCUCCCUCCCACAUUGGCUGUCUUCCCCAAGUUAAGAAACCAUACUUAAGACUUUAUAAAAGGGAAAAUUCUCGGUUUAAGCUCUUCCCAGUAGAUUCCCAGACCUGAUUAUCAGGAUAUAAUCCUGAGCAUUCACACAUUUAUUCAACACACCCUCGGCGAGCACCUUACCACGUGCCAGGUGCUGGGGGAAAACCUGACCAGGAAUGGUUCCUAUCUUCCUAAACUUACAGGAGCCAGCUUUCCUUAUUCCUUCUUUGGUGUGGCCUUGUAGCUAGUGCCUAAGCACAGCUAUGAGUUUUUCCUUUUAUCAGCUUUGCCCACUGCUGGGAGUUCACUUCCUUUUCCUCGAAGAAAACACCUCUGUGCUCCAGAGCUCUCACUUUCCUAGAUGAGUAUUUAGCUCCAGGAGAGGACGAGGACACCCCCCAUCCCCAUUAGCUGCCUGAAUUGAAUGAGGCCCACUCACUAGAGCCGUUUUCAGUGCUACUGUGAUUUGUAUUAAAUAUGACGUGUUGUUCCUAUUCUCCAGCCAGCUUUCCUUUUGCUCCCUUCAGGUCAACAAACUCUGACCACUCAGUCAGAUUCUGUGAUGAACUGACAAGUGCGAUGGGCUGGCUACCACAUUAACACAAUGAAAAAGCCGAGUUUGCUUAAGAAAUUAGUAGUUUCAACAAGACUUUUAGAGGGAAUAUUUAGCAAACCAAGGCUUAUUUACAAACUAAUAUGCUAAUUGCAGGGAUCCUCAAAGCAGGCCCUGGGACACCCUCUUGUCAAGAUUCUUAAGAUCUACUUGAAAACAUGCAUUCGAAACCACUGUAUUGAGUUUAUGGGCUUAAGACUGAAGCCUAAUUCUGAGAGCUGGGAUGUGAGGGGGGAGGGGAGGAAGUGGGCCCUACUGGUCACAUAAGGAUUCCCCAGUACCUGUUUAGUAACAGGUACUAAACCCCACCAAAGGAUGGGGCAGGCUUGGUCACUUUGCUGUGAUUCAGUUGGGGAAAGAAACCAAGGCAGGCAGGGACAGGUGAAAAGGGCUGGAUGGUGACCUGGAGUAAUUUACAAGGGCGUGACAAUGAGGCUUCAUCUCACACAUACACAUUUUUAAAGACACUACGGUCAGACCAGGGGGAAGGGGCAAUAAUUCUCACACACUGCUGAUGGUAACGCAACUUGAUUCAGUUCUUUUAAGGCUAACCUGUAUCAAGAGCCAUAAAAAUGUCCAUAUACUUGGACCCAGUAAUCCUACACCAACGAAAUAAUUCAAAAGAAGAAAAAUAAAACAUUUACAAAGA